AUGAAAAACGAAACACUUUUUAAAGAAAUACUAGACUCUCUUGGAGUAAAGAACAUAUAUACAGAUGGAUUUAAGCCAGAACAGAUCUUCUAUCAACUGGAAGAUAAGCUCGGAAACCGAUAUUCUUCUCUUGAAAGUAAAGUGAAUUCAAAAUAUUCCAAGUUCGUUGAGAAACGCUUGCAAACUGCAAGUGAAGGUUUGGGUGGUCCCGGCAACGAAAGCGAAGACGGUCUCAAUUCUGAAAGUGAAGGUUCAACGAUCGACGAGAUCAGUAGCAGCGCCACUUUAAAUAAAAGAAAUAAUCAGGUUGGCGUGGAUGGAGAAAAUAAUGUAGAUUUGCAAGAAGAUCGCUGUGAUAGCACAGAUAAAGAUGACAGUGUAGACCUAGAACGGGAGUUUCAUGGCCGAUCCGAUUCUGAUGAAAUUAGCGGGUCUUCAGAAGAUUCAAUGCACAUUGAGCCAGAACUGUGGGAUGAGUCGUCCUCUGACACAGAAUUCAUCAACCUCCCGGCCUGUGAGGUAAUGAAAAUACUACGAAAGAGCAAAAAUAAAUAA